AUGGCGAACAAGAGGAAGCGGGCCACCGUUGCUGCCGAAGCCCCGGUGCCCGACGCGCUCAUCAACCGGGUCUCACCGCGGUCGAAGAAGAUGGUCGUCUACACGGAGGAAAACGCCACGGACGAGGAAGUCCCGGGCCUCGCCGUACUUCCAUCCCUGGACGCGUUUGAAGGCCCGUUGAGUGAGCUAGACGAAGACCCCGGCGACAAGGCACCGCCCAAGAAGAAGAGGCAGCGACGCCGGCGGCGAAAGAAUGACGAGCCGGUCGUGUACGACAUACCCCCGGUGGAGACGAAGACCACAACGUUCAAAGGACGACUGGGGUAUGCCUGUCUUAACACUAUCUUGCGCGCGCUCAAGCCGGAGCCGGUGUUCUGCUCGCGCACGCUGCGGAUCGACACCAUCCUCAAGCCGGAUUUCGGGAUGGACUACUGCAAGGAGUUGGGCAGGAAGAACGCGGAGGACCUUUCGCGGCUCAUCCAGGCGCGCUCUAGCUUUUCGAGGUGGAACGAUGACAACAACAUCAAGUUUCUGCGGGUGUCUUCGGAGCUGUUCCCAUUCGCGUCCCAUGACAAGUAUGGCUACACGCUGGAUUACGCAGCCAAGGAGCUCAAGGCCGCCGGUGAUCUCGCUAAGAAGUAUGGACAUCGGCUCACCACACACCCAGGCCAGUUUACGCAACUUGGCUCUCCCCGGGACGUGGUCGUGGAGGCGGCCAUUCGCGACUUGAAAUACCACUGUGAGAUGUUCCGACACAUGGACACCGGUCGGGACAGCGUUAUGAUCAUCCACAUGGGUGGUGUUUUCAACGACAAGCAGGCUACGAUCGAACGCUUCAAGGAUGUGUACAAGCACAAGUUGACAGAUGAGAUCCGUGACAGAUUGGUGUUGGAGAACGACGAGAUGUGCUACAACCCAGACGAACUCCUCCCAGUGUGCGAAGAGCUCGAGAUUCCCUUGGUGUUCGAUUACCACCACAACUGGAUCUAUCCCUCCGAGCAACCACUUCCCGAGCUCAUUGCGCGCAUCAACGCGAUCUGGCAUAAGAAGGGCAUCAAACCCAAGCAACACCUUUCUGAGCCCUGCCCCGGCGCCGAGUCCGUGAUGGAGAAGCGCAAGCAUGCGGACCGCUGCAAGGCGCUCCCUGCGGACCUUCCCGACGACAUGGAUCUCAUGAUAGAGGCGAAAGACAAGGAGCAGGCGGUGUUCCAUCUGUACAGGAUGUACGGCCUCCACCCUGUCGUCCACGAGAACCUACGGCCAGAGAAGCCUCCGAAGCCGUUCCCGCGUCAGAUCAAGGCGGAAGCGGUGGCCGCUGCCGCCGCCGCCGUUGAGCACGGCGAGGAGACAUCUGACGCUGCUCCCAAAAAGCGUCCAAGGGGUCUCAGGGGGAAGGUCAAAGCAGAAACCGUAACCGAGGCGGAGGAGUGCAAGGGUGGGCCAUCUUUUUUGACUGCGCGAGCAUGGUUCGUGCUCACAUGGCAUUGCAGCUGCCGUGGAUACUGGUGUGGCGCUUGCGCCAAAGGACGUCGAGGAGGCUGCGCCUGUCGAGCGCGACUCGACAGCGCCCCCCGCGACGACGCUUGCGAGCAUCGACACAUCGGGCUCGAAUGA